AUGACCGUGGACCAUCGUCCACUCACCAAGCAGGUGAUACUGGAAGUCAAGAGCCCUAAGACUGGGCAGGUCAACGAUUUGAAUCAGCAAGUGUGGGCCCUUCAGGGUCAGACCCUUGUGGCAGUUCCACAGAGUGACCACGUGGAUCCAGUCACUGUCACUGCUGUCACAUGCAAGUAUCCAGAGGCUCUUGAACAAGGCAAAGGGGAUCCCAUUUAUUUGGGAAUCCAGAAUCCAGAAAUGUGUCUAUUUUGUAAGGAUGUUGGAGGACAGCCCACACUGCAGCUGAAGGAGGAGAAGAUCAUGGAACUGUACAACCGAGACAAGCCCGUGAAGCCCUUCCUUUUCUACCGUGCCAAGACUGGUAGGACCUCCACCCUCGAAUCCGUGGCCUUUCCUGGCUGGUUCAUCGCCUCCUCCCAGGGAGGCCAGCCCAUCUUCCUCACUUCAGACCUGGGGACAUCGUACAACACUGCCUUCGAUUUCAAUAUAAAUGACUGA